ACCCGUAUAAACGCGGAAGUGGAAUUACUGGAUGUGAACAGGUUUCGUGAUCCUGACAACACUUCUGAAGUUAAUUUACCUUCAACGCGGCAUGUUCUUCAAGGACCCUGAGGUAGGACCCUGAGAUCAUGGAUGGCUUUGAGAUGCAGGAGAAGCACCAGUAUGACUCUGUCAACUGCACCGAUCCACUGUUACCAUGUUUGCCCACCCAGAAGUCCUUUGACUAUGUCCUGGUUGCUGACCUGGUGGAGGACCCCCUGGACCAGCGGCUCCUGAAACAGACUGCUUUCUUAGAAUGCCUGAAGAAGAAAAGCAUAAUGGUCACAAAAAUUAUUCACGCUGACAAAGUGUUCUACGGGCUGCGCGCCUCCAAGGAGGUGUUUGAUAAGUACAAGUACCUCCUGAAGGUGUCCGACGCCUGUAACUGGAGUGGAGACCAGACAGGGACCACCCCUCAGGCCACAAGGAUCCGAGUGGUGCACUACACCCUGUAUCAUACCUACAUCAACACAGGAGAGGACCUGGAAGAACUGAUGAAGAAGGAUGUGUUUGCUACCAUGUUCUGCCUCCACGAGAGGAAGAAGCAAAAAGAGCUGAAGAAAAGGUGGGCCAGGUUCUCAGGGGUGUUUGUCGGCCAGCCCGUCACUCUAAUACGGGAUUACUUUGGGGAGAAGGUAGGCCUGUACUACCUGUGGUUGGGGUGGUACACCUGGAUGCUUGUGCCAGCGGCUGUGUUGGGCGUAGUGGUGUUCCUUUACGGCCUGGCCUUCUUCAACACCAGCCCUCUCAUAAAGGAAGUCUGUGAGUCGAACACCCUCAUGUGCCCAAGCUGUGACAAUAGGUGUAAGGUUUGGCAGCUCAAAGACACGUGCACCUACGCCAAGGUGAGCCACCUGUUCGAUAACGAAGGCACCGUGGCGUUUGCCAUGUUCAUGGCGGUCUGGGCUACCCUCUUCCUGGAGCUUUGGAAGAGACACCGGGCCAAGUAUGUGUCCAAAUGGAAAGUCUUUGAUUGGUGUGAGGAGGAGGAGGAGCUGAUUCUGGAGAUCGUGAACGAUCCGAGAAACCGCCCUAGACAGUACGGGCACUCGUACCUGCGCAGUGCUGUGGUUAUGCUGCUCGUGACAGCAACGUUGGUGUUGAUAAUCGGCCUGACCCAUGCCCUGGUGGUGUUCAGAGUGGUGGCAGCGGUAAACAUGGCGGAGGCCAACUGGGGAUUUCUGAGAGACCACUCCAGCACUGUGGCUGUGAUGCUGGGAGCAGUGCUGCAUUACAUCACCAUCCAAGUCAUGACACGGGUCAACAAGUAUGUGGCGUUCAAGCUAUGUGAGAUAGAGAAGACUCGCUCCUUUGCUGCCUUGGAGAGAAGCUUCACCGUCAAGAUGUUUACCUUCCAGUUCUUCACUCUCUUCUCCUCGCUCAUCUAUGUGGCGUUCUUCCUGGGAAGGAUGAAUGGUUAUCCCGGCCACUAUGUACGCAUCGCUGGGAAGUGGAGACUGGAGGAGUGUCACCCGAGUGGCUGUCUGACCGACCUCUUCAUUCAGAUGGCCAUCAUCAUGGUUCUCAAACAGACACUCAACAACAUCUUUGAGUUCACCGGGCCCUGGCUGAAGAGGUUCUUCAGGAGGACCACCGGCAAGAAGCUGCAGAGGAAGUGCGGCCACUGCUACAGGAAGACAUGUCGCGACGAGGAGGGCAGUGUCGAACCGUGCGACAACUGCAAGCUGCGGGAUUGGCUGCGGAACUAUCAACUGAACGACGUGAACGCUUUCAGCCUCUUCAACGAGUUCUUGGAGAUGGUAAUCCAGUUCAGCUUCACGACCCUCUUCGUGGCGGCGUUCCCCCUGGCACCUCUGUUGGCUCUCAUAAACAACAUCUUCGAGAUCCGUCUGGAUGCCAUCAAGAUGGUCAGCCUGGAACGGCGGCUCAUUCCCAAGAAGACAAACGACAUCGGUGUUUGGACUUUGAUUCUGCAGGCCAUUGGAGUUCUGGCUGUCAUCGCCAACGGUGUGGUGAUUGGCAUCUCCUCUGACUUCAUCCCUCGCCUGGUCUACCGCUACCACUACGGCCCGUGUGCCAACGGCACAGACACGACCCAACACUGCCUGGCGGGCUACAUCAACGACACGCUGUCCACAGCGUACAUGAGCGACCCCCUCGUGCGCCAGGCCUUCCGGCCCAGUCAGCUCAUCACACACAGUGGCUUCAAUGUCACACAGUGCAGUUAUAAAGACUACCGCAACGACGGAGACUACAGCCUGACCCCUCAGUUCUGGCUCAUCAUGGCCAUCCGCUUCAUGUUCAUCGUCCUGUUCGAGCAUGUGGUGGUGAUGUGCAAGUUCAUCGCAGCCUGGUUCGUGCCAGACGUGCCCAUGGCCGUCAAUAACAGCCGUCUGGAGGACAAACUGGACCGGCUCAAGGCGGAGUUACGAAAUAUGCAUCGCCGGCAAUCAACAGAAGUGUAACUACUGCUGUUAAGGCCUGCUUGGUCACCAAUAAGAAUGUGAACACCUGAUACACAAUACCUAAAUUUGAAUUGUAAUGACAGAUAUCCAAAUAGCACUGCGAGAUAUGGUACUCCUUCCACUGGGAGCAUUUUUAAACUGGUGGAUAAACAUUUGGUAUCCCUUGGUUGGUAUGAUUCAGUAUAUAUGUACACAUUAACACAACGGAAUACGGGUUAAAAGGAUCUUUAUUAACUCACUGUCUUACAGUCUUCUUCUCAAGUUCCUGUUUACAUGUUCUAAGACAUCUCUUAGUAGAUCCCUACUGCCAAUGGAAAGUAAAGUGUGAAGUAUAUUAAUAUUUUAUUAACUGUACAGUACAUUCAAUUCAGGACAGUCAUUUAACUUAGCAAAUGCUAAAAUGUUGUGCCUUUUGCGGUUUGCGCAUAUUGUAUUACUUUGUUAUUUAAUUUGGAUGUUUGCUGUAUGUUAAACAUCAGGGACAUUAUUGUAAUGCGUUGUGCUCCAUUGCUAUGUUCGUCUACAGAGCCAGUGUGUUGUGCUUCUGAUCUUUGUUUUCCUCCCGAGGAGUAUGAAAUGUCAUCUUCCAUAUCACUCCUCAUUUGGCUAAAUAAAGGUUCAUUGAAAACCUCAA